ACCAUUUUUCUUUCUUCUUCACUUAAAUCCUACAAGGACAAUUUCAACAUCAAAUUGAACUGCCGAGUUCGUUCAAUCACGAAUUCCCACGACCAGCUGAGAGAGUUCUCUCCCGCGGCUCAACUCUCUUGCUCUCAGUUUCCAAUCACUCUAAGGUAACAACAAUUUGGUUCGAGCGAUGGGGGGCAAAAACAAGAAAAGGAAGAGAGAAGACCGACCUACCAUUCACCCCAACAACAAGUAUUCAGAGAAUCCACCUGACUUUGCCCAUUUGGCUUCUUUGUACCCAUCCUUCCAACCUUUUGUGCAAUACUCGCAUACUGGGUACCCCACAAUCGAUUGGACCGACUUCAAUGCCACGCGUGAACUCACCCGUGUCUUGCUCCACCAUGACCAUUCUCUCAACUGGUGGAUUCCAGAUGGGCAGCUUUGUCCCACUGUACCCAAUAGGUCUAAUUACAUUCAUUGGCUUCAGGAUCUUCUCUUAUCAAACAUCAUUCCAAAUACGAUUUCAAGUGGAAUUAAGGUCAGAGGAUUUGAUAUAGGAACCGGAGCUAAUUGCAUUUAUCCACUUCUUGGUGCAUCUCUUUUGGGAUGGAGUUUUGUAGGAUCAGAUGUAACUGAUGUUGCAAUUGAAUGUGCGGAAAGUAAUGUUAAUAGUAAUCCGCAUAUUUCUGAGUUGAUUGAAAUUAGGAAGGUUCAAAGCAAUUCAACUACUUCCUGUGACAAGAUAGAUUUGUGUGACACGGAGGUAGAGCCUUUGCCGAUAUUACCUCUUGAUUUGAAUUUACGUGAGAAUAAGAAUUAUCAUGGACCUCCCAUACUUGUUGGUGUAGUCAAGGAUGAUGAGAAGUUUGAUUUUUGUAUGUGUAAUCCGCCAUUUUUUGAAAGCUUGGAGGAAGGUGGACUUAAUCCCAAAACUUCUUGCGGUGGCACUUCUGAAGAGAUGGUUUGCCCUGGCGGCGAGAAAGCCUUCAUUACACGUAUUAUUGAAGAUAGUACUCAACUGAAGCAACAUUUUAGGUGGUUCACUUCAAUGAUAGGUAGAAAAUCAAAUCUCAAGUACCUUAGAUCAAAACUUUGGGAAGUUGGAGUCACUGUAGUAAAGACAACUGAAUUUGUCCAGGGCAGGACAUCCCGAUGGGGGCUUGCUUGGUCUUUCUUGCCUCUUGUACAGAAGAAGUCAUCAAUUUCUUUGCCAAAUAAGAAUGCCAUGUCCUUCAUGCUUGAGGGUCUUCAACGCCAACAUAGUGCCAUUAAUGUGCUGGAAGGGGUGAAGUCUUACUUUUCUUUACAUGGCUUAUCCUGCACAAUGAACACCUCCUCUUUCACUGUGGAUGUUAUGGCAACAAAAGAUGACUGUGAUUCAAUCUUAAAUGAACUACCCAUUAUCAAUGAAUCAAUUGAUUAUCAACCUACAGAGAAGACAUCUAAUGGACCAAGUUGUGAUAGAUCAGGCCUCCGUAUAUCAGUUUUUCAGCAAAUCCCUGGGAUACUGUUGGUGAAAGGUUCAGUACAAGAUAGGAAUAGUCCAUUAUCAGGAGCAUUCUCAGCGAUUUUCCAAAAACUAGAAGAAGCCUUACGGAAUAAAUUUUGUACCAGAGGAGUGUAGGGUUUUUGGCUAUUUGAUUUAUCAUUUGGAAUGGUGACUGUAUAUGUUACGAGAUGCUGAGAAGUUCAUGAGUGUUCACUUCUGGGAUCAAUAUUUAUAGAAAGCAAGUCAGAGUAAUAUGUUGGUGUAAAAAAGGAAAUAGAGGACCAUCAAUGAUUUCUGGAGACAUUGUUUGUCCUUGAGAAGUUUUGUAUAGUACUAAACCUUACAAGAACAAUUUCAGCUGGUUUGAGAAUUGUACUUAUAACAAGAACUUGUUGAAUUUUAAAAUGUCAAACUAAUCUUCCUUUUCUACUCAACAUGUUUAGUACUUGCUCCUACUGUGGCUUAGCUUUGUGUUAAGAGAAAACAAAAGAAUAACCUCGUGUCCACAGAUCAUAUAAGGAAAACACUGUCGGCCAUUAAAUCUUGCAGCGCAUUGGAUUCAGUAUGCAACCUCUACGCUCAAAUAUUGUUCGCAUCACAAUAAAACAACAUCCAAGAUAUCGUCCGUCACUGCACUCACUGGUUUUCAUCACCGCCGAACAUCAGUGACGGUGACUGCACUAGUAACUUUCUGCCGUGAGAAACACCUUCUCAACCUCCAAAACUAUUAAUAGUUUUUAAGUACUUGCUGCUUGUAUUAUGUAUAUGAACUUUUCCUAACCAAUUUGUAACCGUACAUUGCAUCAUUAAGAAGGUAAAGCUCUAACUUAUUCAAUGGCUUUUGUUUAGUAAUAAUAAAAUUAAGUAACUACUAUAUAAGACAGUCUAUACGAUACAACAUGAUUUGACUUUUGUAGUUACUGUUCGUGUGUGGUGAAUUAAAUUAUUGUGAAUAUCAAUAUAGAAUGUGCAUGUAUCUCUGUGGUUGAACAGAACAGGAGCCUGUGACGCUGGACCACCCGGUAGAACUCCUCAAACAGGUUGAAUGUACCAUUCCCAAAGAUGAUGGAACUUUGGUUUCUUAUGUUGGGUUUAGGAUCCAACAUGACAAUGCUCGUGGUCCAAUGAAAGGAGGAAUUCGUUAUCACCCUGAGAUAAGCAGAUGAAAGUGAAAAGAAUAAGCUUACAUUAAUCAUUUAAGAGCUUCAACUUUGCAGUGAUGGAUAUUCGUGACUUUCCAACCUCUGAAACAUCAGAGCAUGAGGUUUCUAGUCCUACCCCUGCUGCCAAUCCAUUACCUCCUCCCUCUCGUGUACGCAAGAAUCGCUCAGAAGCAUGGGAUCACUUUAUAGUUGUUUCAGAGGAGGAAAAGAGAGCAAAAUGUCUUUACUGUCCCAAGGAGAUAAAGUUUAACGGUGGAACGAGUUCAAUGAGAAAUCAUUGGUUGAAACACCAAGAGGAAGAUAGUAACAAGAAGCAGAAAUCGGGUUCAUGCUCAACAGCAGAUAUGGAAGGGAAUUCAUCCGCAAUCUCAAAGUUUGAUCAAAUGGAACUCCGAAAAGCACUGGGUAAAGUGUUCAUAGGUCUUGAGCUUCCCUUUAGAAAGGUGGAUCAUGAAGCACUUCAUCAUUUUUUGAACCUUGGAAUACCGCAGUUUAAGAUUCCCUCACGCACUACAUUAUCACGCGACAUCUUGCAAAUGUGGGGCAACGAAAAAGUAAGGUUGAAGACAUUCCUUUCCCAACAUUGUGGUAGAGUUUGUCUAACCACUGACUUUUGGACUUCUUGCCAAAACUAUAGCUAUAUGUCUUUGACGGCUCAUUUUGUUGACAACAAUUGGAAGUUAAACAAGAAGAUUUUAAAUUUUUGUCAAGUGCCAGGCCACUCAGGAGAUGUAAUGGCUCAAACGGUGUGGAAUUGUUUGACUGGUUGGGGGUUAAAUAAGGUGCUCACUAUGACAGUCGAUAAUGCAUCAUCUAAUGAUGUUGGAAUAUCGCAACUCAAAAAAGCCCUUAUGCCUGAUGGUUUACUUAUGGGAGGAGAGUAUUUUCAUACUCGUUGUUGUGCACAUGUCUUAAAUUUAAUCGUGAAAGAAGGUCUAAAGGAUAUUGAGCGUGAAGUUUUGAGGAUUCGUGGUGCAGUGAGGUAUGUUCAAGCUUCCUCUUCUAGGUUACAAAGAUUCAAGGCAUGCAUUGAUCCACAAAAAGUUCAAUAUAAGGGUUUUGUCAACCUAGAUAUUGAAACAAGGUGGAAUACUAGCUAUUUAAUGCUUGAUGCUGCACUUAAACACAUGCCAACAUUUGCAUUGUUGGAGAUGCAAGAUCAUACAUAUGUCAAAGAGUUACGGAAAGGGAAAGGUCUCCCUUUGCCUGAGGAUUGGGAAUAUGUGCGCUCUAUUCUCCCCUUUUUAGAGCUGUUUUACAAUGCUACUGUGCGUCUCUCUGGUUCGUCCUAUGUAACUAGCAAUAUGUACAUGUUUGAGGUAUUGGAAAGAAGAUAAAAGAAAUGUGCAAUCAUCCAGAUAAGCGUAUAAAAGAUAUGGCUGUAAGUAUGAAGAUUAAGUAUGAUAAGUAUUGGGGGGAUCCUAAUAGCCUGAACAUGAUGCUGCUAAUUGCUCUGGUAUUAGACCCUAGACACAAACAGAAGUUUAUCAUUUGGUAUGCUGAUAAUCACUUUGGUAGUGACGAGGCUAAGUGUUUCAAAGACAAAGUAUAUUCAAGUUUCAAUUCAGUUUUCAAUGAGUAUAAUGGUUGGAUUGGGGAGUCUUCUGCUAACUCACAAGAAAACCGAUCCCAAGUAAGUGGACAAUCUGAUCCCUAUGGCUUUAAUCCAUUCUACAAGUCAAGUGGAAGCACUAGAUCUGGUUCUGAAGUAACUUCGUACUUGGCUGCUGAUUUAGAGGCAGAAGGGGAGUUAGAUGUCUUAAUGUGGUGGAGGGAAAAUUCCAACCGGUAUCCAGUCCUAGCAAGAAUGGCAAGAGAAAUAUUAGCUAUACCUGUCACUACGGUUGCCUCUGAAUCUGCUUUCAGUACCGGAGGAAGGGUCCUUGAUCCAUAUCGAAGUUCUCUAUCAUCAACAACCGUGGAAGCAUUGGUUUGCACCCAGGAUUGGCUUAAAGUAAAAGAUCAAGACAUUGAGACUUCAUCUGUGGUUACAAAUGAUGAUCUUGACACUCUACAUGAACUUGAGCAAGAUAUUCUUUCUCAAUUAAAUUUUGAUGGUCAUUCGGCUUCUUUGAGGCUUGAUGAUGAUUGAAGAAGGUCUAAAUAAUGCCUGGCCAGGGGGAAUGUACGGUGAUUGAGACUUGAGAGGGACAUAGAGAGGCUUGCAGAAAAUGGCAAUUCAAUUUAAACAAAAGGUUACUGCAUUUCUACUUGUUGUUAGCUCUCUUGGUGGAUGAUUGCAUCACAAUUCACAAGAUUUAUUUAGUUUUUUUUGGAUGAUUGUAACUAUUAUUGGUGUACAAUGAUUGGAUUGAUUUUGUCAUGACUUACAAAACUUAUGGAAAACUAGUUUUAAAACCGGUUUGAUUA